GAAACCUCAUGAAUAUGACCUUCUCAAUAAUGUCCACAUGAAUUCGGCCUACUUCACAGAACAUCCAUGUAAACAGACAGAAUUUAACAAACUCUAUCAAUACAGCAAACCACAGAAACAAGAAACCCCCCGUUUGUGAGCUGAACUGAAGACUUUGAUGCAACUGUCUUCCAUUACCAUGGCCUCCUCUUUGUCACAAAUUUCUUGGCCAGAAUCUUCAGCAGAGUACCUAGACCCGGGAUCAUCUUCGAUUGACCCCCUUCUCCAUUUGAACUGCUUGCUUCAGAGUUUUAUUUUGUACUCUGAGAAAACGCAUCGUCAAACCAGGACGGUGUCAGCCAGGAAAGACAAUAGUAUCUCUUUUUCCUGUUUUUCUUUGGUUGCCAAAAUAUGACUGGAAGGGAAACAUUGUCAGUGAUAUAGUGUCAGGUUUUACAGUGGCCAUCAUGCAUAUACCACAAGGAAUGGCAUAUGCACUGCUUGGAGGGGUGCCUCCAAUUAUUGGUAUGUACAUGGCAUUCUUUCCUGUCCUCCUGUAUGUACUCAUGGGAACAUCACGCCAUGUCUCAAUGGGUACAUUUGCAGUAGUGUGCAUGAUGGCCAGCAAAUCUGUGCUCACGUACUCAGUCAAUGAGCCUCCUGCUCCGGCAGUACAGUUCAUGAACUUCACUGAGCUGAACAAUACAGAUCCAGCGGUAGUGCCUGCCAAUAUUAACUCAACAGGCUAUACUCCAGUUCAAGUUGCAACAGCAGUGUGUUUUGUUGUUGGUGUGUGGCAGGUUAUACUCGGGGUGUGCAGACUAGGUGUGCUGAGUGUGCUUCUAUCUGACACACUGGUCUCUGGCUUCACAACGGGAGCAGCAGUGCAUGUACUUACGUCACAAGUGAAGAACUUGUUGGGUGUAAAGGUGCCACAACACAGGGGCCCUCUCAAGGUUAUAUAUACAUACAUUGACAUAUUCAAGAAUAUUGGCCAAUCAAAUCCAGUGGCAAUUGGCAUCUCAGCAGUAUCCAUAGGUGUUCUGAGCUUAUACAAUGAAGUAAUCAAACCUCAAAUUGGCAAGAAGUUGCCUGUUCCACUCCCUGUUGAACUCAUGGCAGUGAUUGCUGGAACAUUAGUGUCCAUGUACUGCAACCUCAGUGCCAAUUAUAAGAUUACUGUUGUAGGGGAAGUACCAACAGGACUUCCAGAACCAGUUGCACCACCAUUUGCCUUGAUACCAAAUUUAUUGGUAGAUGGCUUAGUCAUAGCAAUUGUCGCCUUUUCUGUAAAUAUGUCUAUGGCUUCCAUAUUUGCUCGAAAGCUGAAUUACAGUGUUGAUGCCAACCAAGAACUUCUUGCAUCAGGGGCUUCCAAUAUUCUUGGGUCAUUCUUUUCGUGCCUUCCAUUUUCUGCAUCAUUAUCAAGAAGUUUGAUCCAGCAGACAGUGGGUGGAAAAACACAACUUGCCAGUGUGGUGUCCUGUCUUCUGUUGCUGCUUGUCUUACUGCUUAUUGGACCAUUCUUUGAGCCUCUUCCAAAUUCUGUGUUGGCAUCAAUAGUGGUGGUGGCAUUGAAAGGAAUGUUUAUGCAGCUGAAAGAUUUGCCAAUGGCCUGGAGACAGUCCCCAUUUGAUGGCAUGAUUUGGCUCACCACUUUCCUAGCUGUGGUCCUGCUUGAUAUUGAUUAUGGACUGGGACUGGGUGUAGCACUUUCACUGAUCUGUGUGCUAAUCAUGGGGCAGAGACCUAAAGUUUGUCGGCUUGGUCAAGUGCCAAAUACUCAGAUCUACCUUGACAUAAAUCGCUACCAAGCUGCCUCAGAAAUCCCAGGAAUUCGCAUAAUUCAAGUGGCUGGAGGUUUGCAUUUUGCAAACAAAGACCAUGUUCGGAGGAAAGUGAAUAGAGUGAUUGGAGAUAUGUCAGAGAAAACAACUGUGGACUCCAUAGUGAAGAAAUCUAAAGCAUAUGAGAAAGAAGAAAUUACAAGGAAGACAAAUGCAGAUACUGCAGCUCUGAUGCUGGAAAAUAAUCAGAUAUUCUGUGUAAUACUGGAUAUGAUGUCUGUGUGUUUUGUUGAUCCAUCUGCUGUCAAAACACUUGUUGCAAUGUAUAAAGACUUCAAGAGCAGAGGACUCAUCUUCUGCCUAGCAGAUUGUUCAGCGACUGUUCAUGAAAGAAUGCUGCAUUGUGACUUCUUUGAGGACUUCCCUGAUUCACAGUUGUUUCCUUCAGUUCAUGAUGCAGUACUAUUUGCACAGCAGUCACCAAAAUCCUGAGAGUAAUGUACUUCUUCAUUGUUACUUAGUGAACUGAAAAUUUGGAAAGUGAAUUAUUUCCAAAUCCUUAUGUAGAGCUGUGAAAACAGUGGGUACUUAAAAAUGUGUACCAUUAUAUGCCAUAUCACAUUUGUGAUACUAUUUUUAAUAUCUGAAAAGAAUUUAGAAAUUAAAGUUCUGCCUACUUCGUAAACAUUUUAUUUGCAUUAGAACUAAACUCUUCUUGGGAAUUUUUCUAUAAUGGCAUGAAUACUUAUGGUUGGAUAUUGUGUGCUUUGUCACAGUUUUAUUCCAUGCUAGACAGAUUUAUUCGUCACAAGAUUAAAAGUAGUUUUAAAAGGAACAAAGAGUGCCUUUGCAUGUUAUUUUUUGUUAUUGUAAUGUAUGGCCCUUUACUAAGAAUGUGAAAUGCAGCAUGCUUUCAGAAUCUUCUCUUGAAUAUAAUACAAGCUAUAGUUUACCCGGUGAUUAGAAAUUAAUAGAAAAAUUGCAAAAGUAAAUUAAUUACUUUAAAAUUAUUCUUGCUGUGAAGUAUUCUUAUACUGUUUUUUUCAUUUUUAACAUGUUAAUGUACAUAUUAUCAUUGUUAUUUUGUUUAUGUUUUGAUAGCCCUGAAGAUUUAUAAUGAUUAUAUUGUAUUCUUUCCAGUCUUUUUGUUAAGGUAAAUUGAAACUGUGAUAUGAAUGUUCUGAAUCACCUUUGAAUAGUCUGCAAUGUGUCAGUACUGCAGACCUUGUCUUGGAUGGAAGGCAGUUUAUUUAUUUUGAGUGUUAUACUUUAUGAUCUCUGCUGCAAUUUAAAAGUUUUUUCUUAAAUACUUGUAAUGUAAAGGGAAUUAUGUUUCUGAAGUAAUGAAUUGCUUAUAAUGUAGACAGACACUUUCUUUUCUGCAAUAUUGUAUUUAAAAAUGCUGGUAUUAUUUGUAUUUGAAAUGAUACAGAUGGAUUAGAUAUUAUGACAAGAACUUCAAAAGGUUUUUACAUACUUUAUUUAUCUGUUGAACAUGACACAAUAACUGUAAAUAGAAUGUAACCACUUACAAGUAUGAUUGAACGUACUUAACGGGAGGUCUGUUUUAUGUUUUGGCAAGGACUGAGUCCUUGUUUCCUUCAGAAUUUUAGUACUCCUGAAUAAUUAAAACCUUUUGAAGUUGUGUACAGAGUUUUAUGUAUGUAUUAAUAUGCUUGUGAAGUAAAUUAGUACCUGGGUAGACAUGAAGCAGAAUGGCAGAAACAAUAGUAACGUGAGCAUUUCAGUCAUGUAUGGAAUACUUCACUGAGACUUCAGAAAACUGAUACUUCAUACUGACUCAUACAAACAGCUAUGUAGAAAAUUCUUACCACUUUCUACGCAGAGGUAUGUAAAGCAAACAGGGCUUUAUUCAUUUGAUGGAUCAUAUUACAGGUUGCAUUUUUAAUUUUCCUGAUACAUUUUUUCAUUCAUAAAUCCUUGUAUUCUGGUAGGUAGUAGUAUGCAACAGUGAUAUUUUCUCAUGUUGUCUGUUCCUAGUUGGCUAUUUCAUCCUCGUUGUCGAUUCACUGAUAAGCCUGUGGUGGCGUUUGUUGAAGUCUUGUAAGACAUCAUUAGUAUUUUUCAAUCUUGAUAACUUUUCAGUUAUAUUUGUAAAUGCUUAACACUGCACUGCACCAUUCUCUGAUUGAUUGCAGCCCUAUACUCUGGUGAUCACAUUUUUCUGAAUAACACACUGGACUAAUUUCAGGAUAGGGCAACAGAGAAUUAACCACAAUGUAAGAUUUGAGGUUUUCACAGCGGUGAGUAUGAAUAUUUCUGUCUUCUGGGUUGUUGAGCUGUGUAGUCUGGUCGAUGUUAACCAACGUUUCAGAGGUCAUACUGCCUCCAUCAUCAGGGCGAUGAAUAUGAAGAUUUCUGUCUUCUGGGUUGUUGCGCUGUGUAGUCUGGUCGAUGUUAACCAACGUUUCAGAGGUCAUACUGCCUCCGUCAUCAGGGCGAUGAAUAUUAAGUUAAGUUGGUGGCUAGGAUGGCCAAGCUGAGAUAUGCAGAUUACUGGUAUGCAUAACAAAUAUAGGAAAUGUAUAUGUGAAAUUUAUUUUGGUUUAUACACAAAACUGGUUCCCAAUAUUAGUAAAACAUAUGUGAUAUGGGUCAUGCGAGUAGUGGUGGCACCUAAAUGCACGAUAUGUAAGACGAGAGAGGGGAGUUCAGUAGUAGUGGGGGUCACACAGCCCAGCUGUGGUGAUGCACCAAUCUGAACACAGCUAUAGCUACAAACAAACUGAAACUGACACCCCUCUAGCGCAUGCUUCUGAUGUGUCCAUCUCAUAUGACCAAAAUCAGUCCUUUGCACAAGUGCCGGCACUUCUUGCGCGACCUAUACAAAUUUUGGCCUUGUUUUUAGACUCAUUAUGUUUCUGAUUGUCUUCUCUUAAAUUAACUUUAUUGAAAUUCAAACAUCUUAUGACCUGUUAUCCUUGUGUUUCAGUUUACAGAUAUCCAAUUUAUAUCACUGUCAAAGUGCUGAAAUAUUUAGCAUCCACACAUGAACUAAUUUUGUGAAUGUUUAAAAAUUGUCACCUAAUCCAGCUAUGAAGGAUUAUUUGAAGGUUUUCUGAUGUCAGUCUAGCUAUGAAAAUCAAAUAUUUAUCCUAUGUUCUCAUCAGAUGAAUGUUUUAAGUAACUUUCGAAGCAGCCACUGUCUUUGUGAUAUGGAAAAUUAUUGAACCAGUAUUAAAGUUAACAUGUAAGAUGUCAGUUAAGUAGGCCCUUUUCUAACAAGCAAUGGAACUUCGGAAACUUGUAACUCUAAACUCCCCAGAAGUUUGAUAUGCAUCUCUUCACAAGAUCAUCCCCCCCCCCUUCCCAUUAUUUAUUGGCUCGUGCCAUUACAGCCACCAGUCACCUUCCCAUUUUAUGCUUAUUAAAAAUUCAGUUGCCAGAAUCUGAACAAGGGUUUGUACUGUUAUAGCAGUUUCCUUUCUUCAUUCAGUGUAACUCCAUAUACCCACUGUGGUUUUACUGCAGAAUCAGAAAAAUGCAUGAGUUUAGUUAAAAUCACUAUUUGGUCUUAUUAGAUCAUGUUGUUUAUGUCACAUGAUUAUUGUUUCUGCUAUUUCUCAAUGAGAUUAUAUAUAUACAAUGUGUCUAGAUUUUUAUAUAUUGAUGGUGCUAGAUAUACUUUAAGCAGGAAUUUGCAGUAUUAGUCUCCUUACAUAAGUUUUUAUGUAAAGUAUUUAGUUUCUGUAUUACUGGGUUGAUACAGACCAGCGGUCCUCGCUCACAGUGGCGAAAGUUAUGGCCAUACAAUGUGGCUUUUCACUUUUACUAUACUACUUAAACCAGAUACUUUAAAAUCAUACUGUAAAGUUCAUUUGAUAAAAUUCUUCAGUAUUAACUCUUUGUUGUUGAUGAAAAGAAAUACAUCAGUUAAUUGCGUGUUUGACUAUUUACCCAGUUGUUAGAACGUGAAUUCUUCUGCAGUUUCCAUGACUUUUAUAUUAAACUUUAUUAUUACAACUUUAGUCAGUUUUGGCUGCAGAAUUUCUAAAAUAAGUGGCUCUGUUUUGUGAUUCAUAGCAGGGAUUUAAAAAACAGCAUUGAUAUAUGUUUACACUGAAAGUAUGUGAUUGGAAAAAUAAAUUGGCUGAUUUCACAAAGGUGUGAGGCCAGUUACCAUAACAGUCAGUGCCUAACGAGGUCAGAACCAGAAUCAGACUUCUACAGACUGUAAGCUAAGCCCAUAUAAAAAUUAAACAUGUAGAAAGAAUUAUUAAUGUACAUUAAAGAUAUUUAGUUAAAUAAUUUUAUGUUAAGAGUUUUUCAAGAUGGAGAACAAAUUAAGAAAAGGAAAAACUUGUACCAGGUGUAUUUUCCUUCUGUUGAAAAGUGUUUGUUAUAUGUCAUAUUUCAGGGUGGUUUAACUGGUGGAAAGGGUUGAAUUUCCACAUGGAGUGAGGGUAACUAACCCUUCCAGCCUGUUUUAUUAGGCUCCUGUGCCAAGAAAGCUAUGAAAUUAAUUUUGGAUAAUUUAUGGAUAUGUCUCCUAAUAGAAACACUGUUUGCCAUGUAGGUGGUGCUUUCUAAGAAAGCAUUAAAAUGGAAGGGAUUUAAGUAACAUAGAUAUUCUGAGUGUACUUCUCACUGUAAGGUGGUGUGAGUAUCCAUUCCUAGAAUUUAAACAAAACAAGGAUUGUGGAUAUGAAGUCAAAGGAAGUAACCAGCUAAACUAUGGAGUUAUUAUGCCAAUUUUGUCCAGUUACUGGUGUCCUCUUUUUUACACUACACAGGUUGAGUUCAAUGUAGGUGUACAUAAAACUUUUUGCAGUAAAGAUUCAAAACAAUUUUGAUUUUAUCCUAAUUUAUUUUCAUCAUUAAUAUCAUUCAGGGAUUUCUGGGGUUCUCAAAUAAAUUAUAAUAAUUUGAAAAUAACUCUCAGUAUUUUGUGUCCCCUCAAAUAGCAGGGCCAUAGCCUGUAUCUUUAUACAUAAAUGCAGCACUACAUGCAGCUGAGAAUCAAUCAUACAGUUUGAAGUGUGGAACAUUGCAAUGAUUUUAUUUAUAUCAGGAAUGGACGGAGAUUUAAGGCUAGUAGAGUAUUUAUAAUAAUUGUUAAAAUUUUUGUGUGGUGAAUUUAUAUUGGUGAAGCUUGGGAACUAUUGAUAGUUCCCUAAGUAUUUAGUUUAACAAGUUUUAGGAAGUAAUGCAUAAUUUUUCUUUGUGAAAGAGUUGUUCCUAAAGUUCCAGGAGAAAUACACAUCAUUGGCAUAACUAGGUUUUAUCAUCAUGUUUAAAUAAACAUUUGACACAGAUGAUCAUAGAGAGAUAGCCAUAGUGUUUGUUACUAAAGCAUGGGUAACACGAUAUUUGUUUGAUGGUAUGUUCAAGUAUGAAUCAUAUUAAUUACUAUCAGAAAGAAUUUGUUUUGUGCCCACAUAUUACAUGAAAAAGAGUAUGACUCUUAAGAAGUACUAUUACUACUAAUUAAAGUUUAAUGUAAAUAUGUAAGGUACUUAACUGUAUUGAGAUGCUGAAAUAAUGGCCUUAGAUUGUGACUUUCAGUGAGAAACAGUUCUAUUGUUGACACAUAAAAAGCGCUUUCAUUUGUUUAGUUUUUCCUUAUUGGCAGACUGACAUAUAACCCUCCACCAAUAAAUCAAAUACAGCUCCCAGUAAUCAUAGACUUAUUUUAAAGAAUAUGAAUGUCUCUGUCUUUGUCCAUACAUUUGUAAACAUUUUCAUCUCAACACUUCUGAACUGUUUGAUCUACAGCUUUCAGAUGUAUCUCUUGAGGCACAACUCUUUGGCCAUAAUGGUGAACAUGUUUAAGAGACAAAAUGGCUAGAUGUUCACCAUUCAGCUUGUAACAUUAAAUUGUUACACUUGUAUUUUACUUAACCUUUAAAGGCGUGGCACUGGUAUCCCUAGUUGGGCCAUCGUAGACAAUAAGAUAUGGUGUGUAUUGCAUCACGUAGCAUGGCUUUGUGAUUGUUGUAUUGGAUUCCAAUCCAUGAAAAAAUGUCAGUGUGCUCUAAAAUGAUGACUGUACAACCAUCAUACAUUUUCCUGUCAAGAGGGCCCCUUUCCUUUCUUUUAUAAAUAUUUUUUAACAUUUCUAAGAAGUAAUACCUUUUUAUUUUUGGCUGUACUGUGUAAAUUCCAAAUAAACUUUGAGCAUGAGGCUGUAAAGUGUUUCAAUAAAUUGUUAUGAAAGGACA